UUUAUUGUUCUACUGUCAGAUUGUGACAUGACAGUUGUUCUAUUUUUCGGAAAGUUCAAGAGAAUUUGAGAAACGUCACUCAAUUUGUUUUGGAUAUUUCUGUGCUUUUAUAAUUGAAACACUGGCCGGCUUGAGAAGCAACGAUUACGACAAAAUGGAAGUGGAUCAGUUUGCGGUGGACUUGUAUACCGGUGAGGGCUCGCGGCUGCCUCUCAUCGAUGAAUCGUCGGCUUUCGGAACACAAGCCCCGAAAGACAGGUUGAUAGCCAUAUUGGAUCAAGUUGAGAUGCGUGUGGAACGUCUCCGGCGUGACACUGUCCGCAUUGAAGAGGAGCGGGACUCCUUGCUGUCCACACUAGAUAGCAUCAAACAUUCUGAACUGCUUGGAGAUGUCAGUGAAUGUGACAGGGAAGAUAUAACCCGGUAUGCAGAACGGAUCCUAGCUCGUGCCAUGACGGUGGAGGUAGCCGUGCGCACAGACAGAGACGCACAGCAGGAGGAGGCCUUGCACCAGGUGAACAUGUACAUAGACCAGCUAGUGAUGACGGUGCACGACGACGCAGUAGUCGCCCACACCCGCUGCCAGACGUUCAUGAACGCCUGCACCUCGCAGCCAGACCCCUCUAGCGGCACCGACAAGAACUUCGAGUCAGCCAUCCUGGGCUGCACCCUCGACGACCAGAAACGCGUCAAGAAACGCCUUCAAGGCCUCCUAGACUACUUCGCCAAGUUGAACGUGACCACUUGCUCGUGAGUCGCAGCGAUGCUUGACAGCAAUCUCGUCAUUCGCUGAGCUCUCGCCAGCUUCUUUAUUUGGACUGUGCCUGAGGGGCGUGCCUAUCGUGCAUAUGUUGUAACUGAAAGACUGUUUAAUUGUAUGUCUUGGUUUGUUUGUGGUUUUUGACGCCGGAAUUUGUGAUUAGUAAGCACGCGAAUUUAGCCUUUAUUACAUCUUGUACACCUCAAGCUUUGGCUGUUUCUGGCGUGCAAAGUAAGUAUGUUUUGUGUAAACUUUUCUGCUUCUCGUAUCACAAGUUGUAACAUCACCACUGUGAGGUGUGAUACUGAAAUUGAUGUCUGUAGUGAAGAUACAUAAACGCAGUAAUUGUUACUUUAUACUAUUGUAUCAAUGUUACCUUUGAUUGCAAGUUAUUCGCUUGAUUGAAUACUCGUCCGCUGUGACAAACACUGGUUUGAAAUCAGUUAAAAGCAAUCAAUAUCAUAAAAGUUCAUACAUGAAACAAAACUGAUUCUGACAUUCAUGAAGAGGUGUCCCGACAUGAGAUAAGUUUUGUAAUUUUUUCCUUCAUUUGAUUAUCUGGAGAACAAUUUGUAUUUUUUUUUGUUAUUGAUUAAUCAAAUUAAUUCAAAUUAUUGUUUGAUUUGAAUCUGACAAAUUGUCUACAUCUAUGGCUUAUUUCAUACUAUAAGUAUGAAUGUGAAGCUUAUAGAAAUGUCAAAUUAUGACCUUACCUUAGGUACCUUAUUUCAGUACAAUAUUCUAUCUCUAUUAAAAAGGUAUCGCUGUCUCACUUGAUUAAAAAAUGUGUGACAAAUACAGAUAAACAAAGUGUGUAUGAUUGUGGUUCUAAAAAUAGGCACCUUCUCGUUUAGGCCUUGCAGUUAUGAAAAGCUUUGAUAAAUGUGAUAAUCUAUAUGUAAUGUGUAUACUUAGUAAAUUUUGUUUUUUUAAACUAUAAUUCCAUCAAUUUGGAAUUUAUUUCGUUUAUCUAUGGACCAUUAGUAUAGAUUACUUAAAAUCCAUGUUCUUUGAUAUUCUGUAAAGCUACCUUUAGGACACAGGCGGUUCGGGACUACCGCGUACGUCUCAUAAUCAUUAGCUUAAGAGCGCUUUCACAUUAGUAGAUUUCGUCGCUCGGUUCCUGGCGUCAUCUUUUAAACCGAAUCCAUACAAUUGACAGCUAUCGGUUCGAGCGAUGACAUCGAUCCGUCAGCCAGACCGAGCGUAUACUUACGCGACGCAAAAUCGUGUAUAAGCGCUCGAAGAUAGAUACCGUAUGUAAUGUACUUCUGAAAUAUUUCUCAAUUUUUGUUUCCCGUAAGUCCUAUGGUUGUUUUCCGUGUGUAAACAUUUUGCAUUUGUUAUCUUAGAGGCUCAAUUACGUCCUGUCCUAAAGAGAAUGUUAGAGUUACUGCCGAUUCUUUAAAGAAGUGUUUGUGUAUGAUUUUCGAAAUAAAUAAGUUUUUGAAUAAAUACUUUUUAUACUGUGCAAA